AAAACAACCUCAACAACUCUUAGUCCCAUAAGGAAACUGUUGGAUGCAUGGAACUAUCAGACAUAACAAUAAACUGGAAAUCAAGAACCAACUGCUUCCCAUUGCAACUGUGGGAGCGUUUUGCAGGCCAUUACUAGGAAAUGGAAGGUGAACUACGGCGCGAUCAAGGUUUCCAUGAUUAUGCCUUCUGUUAAAUCGGCUUGCUCCGUAAUAGUCACCAUAUGGAUUAUUGUGCCUCAGCUCUGCCUCUGUCCCGUACAAGCCACGUUUGGGACAACUCCAAACAUUAAGCACAUUGUGAUAGGAAGAUGCUUCACUUACACCACACUGGUUCAGCCCGGCUUAUGGUAUGACUGUGAGGAAAUCUGGAGGCAGUUUGAGAAGGCUGUUGUCCAGCAUGCCUCUUGUAAUGUGACAGAAGAGCAUUAUUGUGAGAUGUUUAACAUGAUGCCACAGGUCUGGCCAUGUGAUAGGUUUCUUUUUUGGAGUAAAACCAGGAUGUUGGUGCACAGCUAUGCGGCUGUUUUUCGGCAUUUCUGGACACUGGAAGACACGUUGGUUGGUUUCCUGUUCAACGACCUGAUCUGGUGUGGCCAGGAGGAAGACUCUGACUUCAAUUUCAAUUCUUGUCCAGCAUGGUCAACAUGCAGAACCCAUCCAGUUUACUCGUUAUGGAAGCGAGCCUCACAAAACUUUGCAGAGAUGGCAUGUGGGAACAUUACCGUGUUGUUGAAUGGGUCUAUUACUAAUGCAUUCAACAGGAAGAGCAUGUUUGGAAGCGUUGAACUGGACAGCCUGAAUCCUCAGAGAGUGAACUAUGUCAACAUAAAGGUGGUGACAAGUCCAGAGGGACCUCACAUAGAAUCAUGCAGUCAAGGAUCUAUCGUAGAGCUCAUCCAAAUACUCUGGUCACGAGGUUUCCGAUGGACCUGUACCGAUAGUGACCUGACCUUGGUGAUCCUUCAGUGUAUCCAGGACCUAAAUCAGCCCAGUUGCCAGAUGUUGGCAAGCAGCAUGUUGCAGCAAAAGGACUAAACAUCCACAUGAAUCAUAUUUUGAAACCAUGUGUCAAGCUUUAAAAUGUGUCUGCCUGGUAGUGAAACUAAUUUAAUGGUUAACAUUUUCUUUCCAAACCUUCCUUAUCAAAAUAUGUUUUGUUAGGAUUAUAGAUUUUUGUAUCAAUGUUUGGUGUUUAACCUCUCCCUUAUGUUUAACAUUUUCUAGAAGAAGUGGGGGUGUUUUACCACUAACACGUGCACACAGCUGCAGCCUGCACACAUAACUGCUAAACAUCACAGAGGUUUCAGAUUUUAGGUGCAAAAAUAUUGUGGUAAUUAAAUAGUGAAUGUGAAUAUGUUUGAAAUAAAUAAACUAAACUAAAACAGACAAAACAUUUGGUGUGCAUUCAUA